GUACCCCUGUGGGUUAUGACGUGCUGACGUAGAAGUGUGAACAACAAACAGUUGUUGGACUUCAACAAGCUAGCGAGUGGCAACGCUGGGCAAAAACAGGUUCGGCGUACUUCUCCUGGGAAAGGACAAACCUGUGGGAUCCUAGCGGGUGAAAUACCUCAAUAACCAUUUAUUAAUCCACACUAACCGUGCCGACAGGUGUGGUGGCUUUCGGAACGGUUCCAUAGUGCUAACGUUAGCCACCAAACCAUGCUCAUCGCUCGAGUGUGAGAGCUGUGAGUGUGUGUGUGUGUUUUUCCUCUGGCUACUGCUGGUCGAGGGGUUUGGAGAUGCGACGGUGAAACGAGUGCAACAAACGGAGGAUAUUUUCUCAGACACAGAAGAAUGGACUUUGUCCGGGUGAAACGGACGGACUCGCGCACAGAAGCAGGCACGCGAUCUUCCACGGGCCUGGACGUCAUUGUUGAGCAACAACUUUAGCAAGCUAGCUCCCCAACAAGCUCGGUCAGAUACAUGCAAAUGAAUCGGUUUGGUGUCGGGCAUUAAGCUCGCUUCGCUAGCAUAAUGGAGGCACCGUGAGUGACUUGUUCGUUGUAAUUGACUUGUGUGGAGCUCUUAAACACUGGUGGUAAUGUGCUGACGACCUGUGAGGCAGUCGUCGAUUCUCUCUCGGACCAUAGGACCCGGUUUGUGUUAGGGUAGUGAUCCCUGGUUGCCUUUCUGGUGACUUGUUUAAAAGUUGUCUCAUCUGGCGCAGAAAUAAUCCCUAAAACGGACAUUCCUUGUUCUGAUAUUUGUGUAAAAUUGCACUUUAACUGGCUCUUUUUUAGGGUGCUCCAAAGACACCUCCAAAUUCCUGCUCAUUUUGUUCCUACCCUGUUAAAACAAACCAGUCGAAAUACAGUUUGUAAAUGCACUUAAAUAUACAUUAAAGGGCCAGGAUAUGUGCCUAUCGUGAUAUGUUUCUAGACACAGCCCUGAGGAGACAGACUUAUCCGUCAGUUUGUGCCUAGUUACUGUUUAACUUGAUCUAGACUGUGUGGCACAGUGAAAGACAGCGUUUCACUGGAAAUGAAAACAUGAACAUCGAAGAGCAGUGUCUAGAAGUGUGCAAUGUCAAGACAAAAAGCAAUGUUGAUGAUGAUCACAACACUACUAACAACACAGAAGGGGUCACUCCCCGGAUAUCUAAACUGAUGACGGAUAGCACCUCAGAAAUACAAAAUACUGUCCCCGCAGACGCCUCUGAAACAUACCUGAUGCCUCAGCUCACAGACAACCUUCAGGCAGCUGAGGAGGAUAACCACCAGGCUCCAAACACGCUGGAAAUCGACGAGGUCAAUGGAAAUACAAAAGGCACUAAUAAAGACACCCCUGCGGCCGUGAGCCCCACUGACUUGUUCAUUUCUAAUGAUGAGCAGCACAAGGACAAUAUCGAGGUAGAGGCCAUAAGGGAAGAAAAGGAUGCUGAGCCUGGAGGUUUUGCUUUGGAUGAAGGGGACGAUGGUGGGGACAUGGACAUCGGUGUGGAUCUGAGUCUUGAUGAGAGUGGGGUGCUAGAGGCCGAAUCGACAAGCAACACAUCAUUGUUGGACAGUACUUUAGACCUACAGUCCAAGUCUCAGGAUGUCCCAGCUGGCAGCACAGAGGAGAGCUUGUCAGAUGCGAACGAGACAAGCAGCACAGAAGCUGCCCCCACAGAUCAGGCUGGACUAUACCCCACUGUGGAGGAGGAGGGGGAUGAUAAACACAAACCAAGUGGCAAAAGGGUGACUUUUCCUUCAGAUGAUGAUAUCGUCUCUGGAGCAGUGGAGCCCAAGGACCCCUGGAGACAUGGUAAUUUGUUUGUGCAUGUUUUUAUGUGUGAAUGACUUUCUAUUUAUUGUACUUGUACGAACACGCCAGUUCAAUAUGGUUUGCCAGGAUUUAUUCUCAUAGGAAUUUUAACAGCGUCUAUUUCAAGCCUGAAAUCUGAAGAGGCUCUCAAAUCUGCUCUGUCAUGGUCGUCAAGAGUAGUUCAUAUGAAGUGAGUAAAAAGUGAUUAUUGGUAGGAUGAUGACAGUGAUGCACAAGAGGUGUGUCUCUGAGAGGAAUGUUCUUUUGUGCCUUUCUUCAAAGCUUGUCAUCUCAUGUAGGUAAACACUGCAGCCUGUUUAGUCCUGGGGCAGCACCUGUGCCCCCGCCCCUUUUUCAAACAGGAGGUCAUUUAAUGGUUUGGUUAGUGAAAUAGUUGACACUAAAACUUAGUCUGACGUUUUCCCCUCAGCAGCUCAAUAUCUGAAUAUAGGCCUAGGCCCGUGCUGUUUGCCAUUUAGCGAGUGGAUCCCACCACUCCUUGAGGUGUGCCGCUAGGUUCCUGUUUGUUCAGUGAAAACACGUCCAGAGGAAGCUCAUACAGGAUAGGGCUCUGCCUUAACUGUGUUGAAACAAGGAACCAGAUUUUUGGAUAAAAUAGGAUGUUACCUUUUCCGUUGAAGUUUUAUAUUCUUUGCAAUACAAUGCAAAUGUUUUCAAAAUGAAUAGCAUCAAUCAUAGAUUUAGAAAGAGUUUUCAAAAUCUUGAGAAGUUACACAAAAUACAUCAGCUGUAAAAAAAAUUUUUAAAAAUGCCAAAAAAUAAAAAUGAGGAAUAGCUUGUUAAAAAAAAUGUGUGCAGAAAUAUGAAAUAAGUUUAAAAAACAGCAUUUUCUCACAGUACAGAUCACAUGACUUAAGGUCUUUACACACCGGGGCCGACGCAAAUAUGGAAUGUGAAAUCACGAAAUAUUAUGAGGAGAAUUUUGACACGCCUGACUAUACACAUCAAGCCAGUUACGAUUUUGCGACUUUCCAGGGGGGAAAAGACGCAUCCCGGGGAAGACUUUUGCCAGGGAAAGUCCUGCCUCCUUCGUCUCUGAUUGGCUAGAAAAGCUGGAAACGUCAUUACAUGCUCAAGCCAAACGGCCAGCACUUAUAGCCGAUCAGAGGCGAUAAGAUAAGCACAUGAAACUAUGGUAACAACCGUUAGCUUACAUUAGCACAGAUGAAAGUUAAAACAAAGACGUUUAGCAAACUGUAAAAGCAUACAAACCAUCAUCAUAUGAGAAAUACAAUGCUAUGACUCUUCACAAGUUGUCCUUCAGGUCGUUAUCUUUGUAAUAUUUGUGUCUUUUAUCAAAAAGCACUCUGUUCUCUGACACGUAAACAAUCAGCUGGUGAGCCAUGUUGGAUAUACCGGUGAAUUGGGAAACUUUAGAAAAAUCGACCAUGAUCCGAAAAAAUAAAUGCUGCAAUAUUGCAGGACAGGAAAAUGUCGCUGAUGUGAACGCUUGUAUUGACAGGAUACGGGUUCAAAAAAAACAUUGACGUCCGAAAUAAUCGCACGAAAAAAAUGCUCCCGAUGUGAAAGGACCUUAAAUCUGAUAUAUCAGGAUUGUAGAUAUUUUAUGAAGAACUUUACUGUAAUUAUAUCACAAAUGUAUUUUUGCGUCUACUCGGCAUAUUUGAAGAUUGCAGUUCAACUUUGUAAAGACAGUUUACUAAUGGAAUGCAAAAUAUUGUACAAAUUCAUAUCCAAGCGACCGUGUUUUGUCCAUAACCCUGAUUUGAAGCUAAUGAGAUUAAUAUGCGGUACCAGAUGCUCUUGUUUGUUUCUCACUUACACUGAUUUAAUAGAGCCUUUUCUUACUUCUUAUUUUGGAUGAGCAAUACACCAUUUUGGGGGUGUGGACAAUUGACAGUCUUCAUCCGUUGCUGCAGGUUUUGCUCACUUUACCAUGACAGGAUUCAACAGUCGUAUCGCAUGCUUGUAUGACUAUACAGCUGGCCGUACAAUCUCACUGUCUCUGUGACCUGUGUUUCAAAGGUUAAGCCAUUGAGUGUUUUUUCCUGAUGUCGCCUAUGAAACCAAAAAUGUAGGCCACACCAAGGCAAGUGGCAGUAACACAAGCUGGGGGGAGGGGAAAGCAUCAAGGUGGAUAUACAUGGACAGCGCUGUUUCUGUAAAUUGUUGGAUCUAAAGCCUUAAACAUUUUACACCAAAUUGUGGUCCUAUAUUAUAUUCUACCAGCUUAAUCUAAUUUUGAAUUUAGCAUUCACCUCUUGUGGUCCUUAAUCAAACCUCAUGACUUUUACAAGGGUUCAAUAUUAUUGAUCAUUUUGAGUGUGUAUGCCAAGCGUUAAAGUGGACAUGAAAUAUCAAAACCUACCUUCACGGGGGCAAAGUCGAGGCCAGUUAGCCAGGAAUUCUAGGACCUUGUGAAACACUUGGCACUGGGAACAGUCAAGUAUCUACACGGCUGUAUUGUGGGCUCAGAUAUUUUAUCGCAGCACAUUUAUCGUUCAGUUUAUUUAAGUUCCAAAGGUUCAAGAGAUUAUGCAGUUAAUGUAGAGGACACACACUGGAUGGUGGAAGAGUGAAUCACAUGAUGACUGUUCUAUUUUAAUGCAAGCAAAGACAUUUAUUUUAAGUACAUACAUCAGAAGAGAUUUAAUGUAAUAAAUUGGGAAUUUUUCACUUUCAUUAUCUUUUUUUUAGAAAUGAGAUUAUUAAAUAACUGACACAGUUCAUGUUUGUUCUUUUGAGAGUAGUUUACUGUGUUUUAGGAGACCCAAGUCAUUCUUUUAUGUCAACUGAAAGAUGUCAUAGUCCUUUUCCAGAGUCAGAACUAUUGGCCUUAAAAAGAGGUGGGAUGAAAUUGAUAAAAUUGAUAGAAUUACACUGUUUUAGUGGUUAUUUUAAGUGCAGAUUUUAGCUCACAUCUCGGUCUGUAUCUUGUCCAACAUGUGUAAGAUAAGAUAAAUUUUACAGAGGAGCUGCAGCAUCAGAGUCAACUUGAAAUGACAAAGAUGGCGCAUUAACUAGACCUCUGAAUGCACAAAUUACUUUACACUACAUGCCAUUACACCCCAUACAGAUACAUGCCCUCAUUUGCACAUGCACUCGCACAUUGGCAGCACAGCCCUUAGGAGCGAUAUGAGGCCAGUGUCUUGCCCAGUGACACUUAAGGAGCCUUCCCAGAGCUGUGUUUAAACACUUUAUAAAAACACUUUGCAAACGUUUAUAAAACCCACAGACAGGAUUUUAAAACACUGGUGGUAAUCAUAGCUGGAACUUUAUUUUUUUUACACCCUUUUCAGUUCUUGAGGUUAAAUCAGGUUACAGCUGUUUGAAUGGUCUUCUGUUUUGUGUAGAGUUGACAAAAUAUACAAGCUGAAUCUCUAAGUUAUGUAGUCACCCACAUUCAGUAAUUUUUUUCCCCCCUUUUUUCUAUGACUUUACAUUAACUUCCAUUAUUUUCUUUGUUUGGCAUCUGCCAUCUCUCUUGCGGACAUGCUACCUCAUUAUCGUCGUAAAUCCCUCUAUGUAUUUAUAUCUGGAUAAAAGUCAAGGAAAUGGGGUAUAUCAGAAUCUAAUCUUUGUGGCUGCUUCAUGCUUCAUUAGUUGCAUCGAGCCUCAAUAGGUUCGUGAUCCACACAGAGCCUUUUUGUGCUGAGCAAGUGUCAGGUUCUCUGGGUCUCUGUCUUAUGUUAUCUGUCAGAGACAUAACAGCCUGAGCUCACAGAGCCGCAAGCUUCUUCCACAGACAGUCUGAGCUACAGUUGCAAGAGUAUAGAGAAAAGAAAUAGUGAAGACGUUAUUAAACUUCAUACAGUAUAUCCUGUCUGCUAAGCAACAUGCAGCAUGUGUGGCUUGAUUACUGUAUUGAAGUAAGCUCCUGCUUAGCCGUUAGCUUGGUGGAGUCGAGAUAGCUGCCAUUCAAAAUAAACCCCCGGGGUUCAGAAGAAAACAGAGCUGGGUGAACAAUGGGAGCCCUUUCGGAGGGGGGGGUCAUAUUUCUAUGUCUUUCUUGGCACUCUAAAUACUGCAGAAUCUUGUGACAAGUCUUGUAAAAGACCCACACUGCCUCAGGAAGUUACCUUAGUAGUAUAAAACUCCAAUUCCCUAAGAGUUGGGACAAUGUGUAAAAUGUUUAUAAAAGUAGAUUUUGGUGGUUUGUUUAUAGUUAAUAGUUUAAAUCCUGCUCUAUUUGAUUCAAAAUUGUACAAAGCGGGAUGUCCCAUUUUUGCCCAAAAAGGAUUUCUGGUGCUCAAGAGUUUGGGGGAUUUUUGUUGUAAUUUUUGUACAACAGCACUGCAGGCAGACCACUUAAGCACUGGACUCUUCUACUUCUAUUUGUUAUUCAAGGCCUCUCCUGAUAAAAUAAGUUGUCUGGAUAGCAGCGUAUGUUGCACAUAAACGUGAAUAUACUGUUCAGCUCUAAUGGUGCCUUUCCAGAAGUCUAAGCUACCAUGCAAUGCACUGAUAAGUAGUAUGGGCAUCCCUCUCCUCUUUAGAGCCUGGCACAGGAAAAAUUGCCCCUUCACUUUAGUGAACAUACCAUAUGUAUUUUCACUGUCUCAAACUCAAUCGUGUUGCUGUCACAGCACCAUUAGGUCUCGGUUGUUUCCUUACGUUUAUGGAUUAUAGUUUAAUGUGCUUAUCUGGUACUGGCCCCGACUCAGUACAUGCUAUCAUGACAGACAGACACCUCAACACCAGUGUCUAAUCAAAACUGAAAAACACCCAGCCUGGUGUUGUGUCAGUCUUCUCGCUUCCACCCGGGACGCGUCUUCUUCCCCCCGGAAGUCGCAAAAUCGCAUCAGGCUUGAUGUGCAUAGUCAGGCACGUCAAAAUUCGCCCCUGAAUAUUUUGUAAUUUUGCGUUGUAUAUUUGCGUCGGUCCCGGUGUGUAAGGACCGUUAAUUUGCAACAAAAUGUGUUUACAGACAUUGUUUUUGGAGGUGAUUCUGAGCCAAUGCAGUGAUUUCCACUGCAGAGUCACGUCUUUUCUUUUUCACUUGCAACAUUUGGUGUGUCUUUGCUCUAUUUUCACUCAGAUAAGUCUGUUAGAAUUAAAGUAAAAUUUGUAUGGUUUUAGUAAAAGGUGCAAGUUAUAGAUAAACUCUCCCUGCUUACAGAAAAUAGUAAAGAAAAUGUCAGUUUGGUUUAGUUUGAAGUAAGAGUGACAUUUCUUAAACCCUUUUACCUCUCCACUUCAGGGUUGUUUGUGCUUUCCCUUUAGACCCAGGCAAGAACUACAUCACAUCCUGAGAUUCCUGAACUUCCCAACAUGCUGUGUUGCUUCCCCUGUUCCCUUUACUCCCAUGUUUCUUCUUUUCCCAGAAUGGCAACUUAAGUGUACGUGUGCAGUUCAAUCCUGUGUCAAAAAAGCCUCGAGUCAAACUGAAUGCAUAUGCAAAGCGGUUUGCUUUUUCAGGUUUAUGAAUUAUUCAAGCACUCUUAAAUAAAGGAAGACUGUCCAUGUAAAAUAAUGGGGAUUUGUGUUUUACAGCAAGCACCGGUAAUAAUAAGAUGCUGUUGCAGUAUAACAACUCGAGUACUGCUGCUGUUUACCCAGCUUUUUAUGAGUCAGAUGAAGCUAUACAAAUCAGACAAAUCCUUCACAUUAAUAACUGUUUACCCUGCGAGCCAACAAAGUAUUUGGCCUACGUGCAGCUCUGUCUCUUGUCAUCAGACCCUAGGCCCACUUGGCACCAGGUUGUUAGAGGCUCAGUGACCCAUGAAAUGUUGUGUGUUAUGGCUGUGGACCAAGUUACAUACUGAUCAGCAAAGCUUGCUGUCUACAGAAUGGAAAAACCUAACGUCAGUUCAGGUUGCAAAAGAGUAUUAAAAUCAUUUGCCACGUGAUUUUGUUUUUAAAAGGUCGAAUUUCAUAAUCCUUUCCAUGAAGUGAUCAAUAUUGUUAAAAGUAUAUUGUCCCCUCCGAACAUCCCUGUCUCUUACAUCUCAUUGCGUAAGUAUCCGUCUUCAUCCUUUUGGAACAGACAUGGGUGCAAAUAUUUGAGAGUCCAGUCUGCUGUCUAAAGCCAGCUGUUAAUGCCAGCUGUCAUACUGAUGUCAUUGACACCCUAUUUCUCAUUAAAACGUGGUGAGACAUGAAGUGAGCUUGCACCAUUACUUAGGAGUAGGGAUGUGCAGUCCAUAUUGUCGGAGAUAAUAUCAUAAUUGUUGUUUUAACAACGUGGCAAAUUAAAAUAUCAAGUGCGUCAUCGGUUUGGCAAAAACAAUCAAAACACACCUGAAGAAUCUACACACAUUUACUGAAAAUGAUCACAGGAGAUACUCCGGCGCACAGGCAGGGUUCACAUUUCACAGCAAGCAAAGCUCAUUCAUAUUAGAUCUAAUUUUGUUGGUGUUAAUGUCCUGACAUGCAAGAAAUGCUAAAGAUUAAGAGGUCACUUGGAGGUUGAACAAGAGAAACUGUGAAUGUUAGAGUGUAUAGUUUUGUUUAAUUAUUUGAAAAUGAUGGCGAGGAUGAUUUUCUUCACAAUAAUCAAAUAUCUGAGAUUAUAUACCAGCAGUCUCAUAUCACAGUUCUCUCAGAUGUCAAACAGCUUCUUGAAUGUGCUGUAAACAUUAGCGUCUCCUGGACAAACUGUGACGAUGACACUGUUUUGAAAUUGCAGAGUUGUUUUGUUUUCGUUUGGAGAUUUCCUAUCCUACCAACAAUACACUCUGAUAAUGACACGUCUGUGAUACAAAAAUACCCGCUGAUGACAUCAGCCCUCUGGGCUGACUCAAGUGUGUGAGGGUUCAUUCAUUAUACAUUCAAGCCUAUGCACAUGCACCUUUAUUUGUCCUGUAAAUAUGAGAAGUGACCAUCUGUGCGCGUUAGAGGAGGAACCCACUCACCUUUUUUUUCUGUCUGCACUAUAGCCCUCUGCUAAUUACUCACAUGGCUUAGGAUCAAUAGUUAUUGAUAGAAUAAUCAAACAUACCAUUCUCGUCUGUUCAUCAGACUCCUGAGGAUGCUGACAGUGACCAAGAGCAGUUACCUGUUCCCCACAGAUUUCACAAAUCGCCUCAUCAUUUAAAAAAAAGAGGUAAAACUGUUAGCUGUACUGAAAAUUAUCUGCUACCGGUCAUUGUUGAUCAUAACAAAUUAUAGUGUUUCUUGCCCAACCGCAUAUUGAUAAGAUGUGAGACUGUAGAUUGUCAAACAGUACAUGUUGUGUCUGCAGUUAAUGUGUCAGCUCAUUUCAACCAGAGGAGACUUUGUGUAUCUAUGCUGUGAUGUGACUGCCAGUAGUGUUUUCGGUGACUGUUGUGUAGGAAGCCUAAGGGGUUGCAGGUGUUGUAAUUUAGUCAGAUCUGGCCUCAGUCUAACCACUCUGCGGUCGGUUAAUUAUUGAUCUGCUUUUCAAAUAGAUUCCAGGGCUUUUGCUUGUUUAAUUACACUCCUGCAAAGUGGUGCGAUUUCUUGAGCCACAUCAUUAAAGCCAUCAGAUUUACUUUGUUUACUUUUGACCCACUGCCCUCAGGCAUGCCUGUGCAGCUAUGGAUUGAGUUCAAUUAUGCAAAUGGGUUUAGGUGGUUGUGAAACCCUUUGAGGUCAUAUUUUUUUUUAAUCAGAAAGAGCUCUGGCAUGAAACGUUUCUUUUCUUUCUUUCUGUCGUCUCUUGUUGUAUUUACCCACUGCUGCCACCUUUUCAUCCAGACUGAGAGAGGCACACGGCAGCAGCGGCACAGGCUCUGCCUUUUUGCCCCACCUCUGACCAGCCAGGCAGCCAGCUGUCAUGUGUGAAUGACGCCGCUGUCACUGUUCACAGCAAGGCAGUGUGAAAUGGCAGGGAGUGAGAUGGGAGACUGGGAGAGGGGGGCUAUUUUGAACACUGUCACUUGAAUGUUAAGUAGGAGUUGGCAUCACUUCUCUGUUCCACCUCAAACAUUUGCAUCUAUGUCUGGAUGCUGGCCAAGAGGCUUGGCAUGUUAUUUCAGACAUGCAUGUUGUCCAGUAAAAAGGCGGUCAUCUCAAAAGUUGGGUCAUUUUCAUGUUUUCACUUUGGCUUAUUCACAUCACAGCUGAUUGAUUUCAAAUUGUUGGUAAUUUGUGAAAGCAGAAGUCGGUGAAGCAGGUAGCUCUAAAUUUUGCUUAGAUGCCUUUACAGAUUUAUUUUAAACUUAAUAAAAACAUACCCUGAUUUUUUUUUUUUUUUGCAUAAUCUGCUCCUUUCAGUGUGUUUGAAUUGUGUGGCACUGGCUGUUUCUUAUUUGUCCACCUCAACCAAACUAAUAAGGGUCAACAAAAUUGCAAAGAGCCAUCUCUGUAAAUUACAAUUCAGUCAAACAGCGCAGCAGAAUACAUCCCCCAGAAUGCUUCAGUGCACCACCUGUUAUCAGAUUUGUUAUCACCCAUAGACUGAAGUUGGAAAUGUACAGCAUUUGAGCUGACAGCACAGAAAAACACUCUAUGUGCAGAGCGUGUGGCGUGUAUUCAGUAGAGAUUCAUCAAUCCAUUUUUUUCUGAUUCAGCCCAAUACCGAUACCUGGUCUGAGAGUAUCAGCCGAUAUCAGGUACCGAUCCAAUACUACUGUUGAAUGAAUGAACUGUAUACCUUACCCUGUAAGUGAAGGCAUCAGGCUUGACAUUAGCCUUGUUAAAAAAACAGGUAACAAAUUAACACAUAUAAAUUUACUUAAUAUUAUUUAUUAACAAAUAAAAAAUUGCACAUUAGCACACAGAAAAAAGAAGUAAGACUUCCAUGUAAACACUUGGUGCAAAACGAGAGACAGACAUAGAAUAUAGAGCGAAUUGAAUCACUGUGUUGCUGUGUAUGAUAUUAAUUAAAAGGAAAAAAAAUGACUGGAUUGGAACGCUGGAUCGGCAUCAUUCAUCAGAUAUCCGAUCCAUUUAAUUUGUCAAUAUGGAAGCCAAUAUUGGAUCGGUGCAUCCCUAUUAUUCAGACAGUGAAACUCUCAAGUUUACGCUGGUCCAGGUGCAGUUUGUAAGUGUGUAAGUAUAAAGGUGUAGUCAUGGUGGGACUAUUCCAGUGCCGUUGCUGAACUGCAGCGUCUAAGAGGCCUGUGCUUCAAAAAUCACUGUUGUAAUUUCAAAGAAAAUUGUACCUGACCACAUGGCAGAGUGAACAGAGCUCAACUUUGAUAUAUCCAGUAAAUUCAGUGUAUCCAACUGAGAGAAAGCGAUGCCAGUCGGACACCUGGCUUCCAUGUGUCUGUGCUGCUUUGAAAACUACUUGCUGUGAACAAUUUCCGCUUGGAUCACGUAACCUUUUAACACUGUUUUCUUGGUGGUUGCUUGUCAUUACAGUUACUGUAACUUGAUGAAAGUUGUUCAAAUAAUCAACUAAUGAUCGUUUUACUUUUCCCUCUGUCAACAUACAUACACAACCUCAAGAAGAUUGAUUGUCACUUGUUGUGGGGUAGCAAUAGCUAUCUGUUCAGUCAACAGGAUGCCUCCAUUUCCAGCCUCUACCUACUCUUUGAGUUUGUUGUAUGCCACUUUUUAUUGUCCUGGGCUAAAGCCUGAUGUGUUCAUGCAGCAGUUUGGGUGUUUGUUUGCAGAGGCCUGACACUCUUCAAGGUACAGAGUGUGCCGUAGCUUUCUGAACUCAUGACAAAACAAGGCUGUGGAGAUGAGUCAAAUAGGGAGGAUUUAGACACUGUUUUAGGCCAUGAAUUUUCAGAGGUCUUUCUUGGUUCCAAGUCUGUCAAUCGUCUGUCUGACUCUGCAAAAAGUGCCCUAUGCAGGCAUGCAAACACUUGCCUCUACUUGUUCCCCUCUUGUUGCCAAAGUGAGAAGAGGGUAAAGCACCUGCACACUUCAUCUGCUCUUAUCUUGACAAAGAAAAGUGAGUGACGACGGCACAGAGAUGACAAAGCUAAGGUAGAUAAAUGGACCCGUACGGUUAAGGGUCUUUGAAAGAUCCUUAACUGUACACAAACAAUUAAAGUAACCUAAGUCUGCCCUUACUCUUGCCUCUGCAAGGUGAAAAGCACCUACCAAACGUAAACCAUUUGGUUUGAUGAUGUUGCCUGAGAGCUGGCAUCAUGUGAUUUUGUGCAGGAAUAAAACUUCUUCAUGUUUAUUCAGACAGCAGCUUCCAGGUGGGUUGAGUGCCAGCUUUUUUCAGCACCUCCAGAGAGAACAAUCACAUGUUUUUACAAGCCCAAAAGACUUGGUCCGAACACAAGAGGCUUUCACAAAACUUCAUUAGAACAUCACAAGGGUCCUGACGUGUUUGGUUUUAGAUAUUUGUUUUUAUCCGUCUGAAGGUGGUGGAGAGCCCAGAUGAAGGGUGGUGUGCUGUUGCCCAAUGUCUGUGUAAUUCUGCAGAGAUAGCAAUAAUGCUGCAGGUUAUAUCGCAGUCAGGUGAGGGGGUGUGGUAAGGUAAGGUUUGAAUCUGGGGAAAACAAAUUGGUAGACUUCAUACACUCAGUCGUAUUAAUUUCACAUGGUAUUUGCCUUUGUCUGCGCCAAGGUCUUUGGGUUGCAUGCUUUAUUGAACGAUCAACAGCUUUAAAGAUAACAUCUCUGCAAAUGUUACUCUGGAAAUAAUGAAAAGUGUAAAGAUCAGCAGUAUAAGGAGAAGACUUAAACUCCCCAAAUUCAGCAUUACAGUGUCUUGUUUUGGGUUUGGAUCUGAUUUUUGAUGGGCCUUGUCAUAUUCACCAGAAAUACAAUCUGUGGUUUACACAAGUCCUGCAGUUUUUUGCAUUGUGUUUAGAGCACACUCUCCAUUUUUAAAUAUUGAUGCUUCAUAUAUCUCUCUUAAAAAUACAUUGCUGAGAAUUGACCAAAGAGGUUGUCAGGCAGUUGUGAUUUUCCUCAGAGCAUACUGGCAUUUGAAAAACAUCCAAACAUGGUGUAGUUUAUUCAAUCUAGGUGAUAAUGACUAUGCGAUUAAACCCUCUUUAAUCAUAAAAGGGUCAACUUUUUGUUUGCCUUAUUUCUGCAAUAAUUAGAAAUCAUGUUAGUUAGUCUUCAAGGAAACACUAGCUUUUGUAUUCACCAACAAAAACACACUAUGUCUGAAGCAGUCUAUGGUGAUAUUAACAGCGCAGAAAAUAUCCAUCACCUGUCCACUCAUCCGUCACAGUACGACGAGCUCAAACCGAGCCUGGUACUGAAGCCCACACUCAAACUGUGGGCGCUCUGUGGCUGGAUGUGUUCUGACCUUUUGUGGGUGUUGAUGGAGGCUUUGACUGCAUCUGUGUAAUGAUGUGCAGCCACAAAGGAGACAAGAAGCCUUAUAAUUUUAGCUGCUGCAGUUAAUAACCAUACAUUAUUUUUCGAUGAGCUCUCAUACUUACAUGGCAAGAAAACAAAUGGCUAAUUGUUACAUUGGUUUAGUAGUGUUACUGAAUUUUGAUUAAAGGAAUCAGAUCAUAGCUGAACACUUCUAGUCUGAUAUACUAUCAGUUAUGUUAUGAAUCACAGAAUGUAGAUGGUGAUCUGUUCAGCCUUUUUUAAGUAAAAUUCAUUUCCCUAACAUGCCAUCAAAUUGCCAUCAUAGGUACUUAUUGCAUAUUUUACAUAGUGCUUGGAAGGCUUCCUUUACUGUACAGUUAAAGGGAUAUUCCGGCGUAAAAUUAAUUUAGGGUCAAACACACUGUAACACCAAAUUAGACUCCCCCUCAAGAGAUGAAUGUUGCCGACUGCUUGCUUCUCUAGUUAUACCAAGUUUAGUUACGACCGCAGGAUAGUAAUACACAGCGGUCCGAGGAGCCACACACAAACCUAAAAAAAAUGCCACUCUAUAGCCACAAAUAAUGCUCAGAACAGCACCUAAGAAUAUUUAUGAUCAUUACUUCAUCAGUUCUUCUGCCUUAGUGUCUCGGUCUGAUUGCAUUUCCAUGAAGAAAUAUCUAUAGAGUGGCGUUUUUGUUGUUUGUUUAUGGCUCCUCAGACCGCUGUGUUUUGCUAUCGUGCGGUCGUUACUAAAGUUGGUAUAACUAGAGAAGCAAGAGGUCGGCAACAUUCAUCUCUCAAGGGGGUGUCUAACUCGGUGUUAGAGUGUGUUUGACCCUAAAUUAAUUUUAUGCCGGAAUAUCCCUUUAACGCAAAAUAUGAUAGAAGCAGUUAGGUACAGAGUAAAGAAGAUAUUUUGGGAAAGUCGUUGAGAUUCUGGCUUUAGCUGGCCAGUCAGCAUCAGUGUUUAAUUGUCAGCGUCAGAAAUUUGCAUAAACCAAAAGAAGAAGAAAAAGGGAGACACAGCCGACCAGUUUGUCAGGAAACUGCAGUGGUAUUCAUUUUCCUGCUUUGAAAAUGUGAUGGCCUGUCCAGAGGAAGAGCUUUUUUUAUGCCUAGUACACAUUUCAUCCAAAGGAGAUGAAGACAUGCAAGGAUUUCUGUACGCCCUGCUGUUGUGAUUGGUGUUGUCUAUAAAGAGAGAAGCGUUAGACACAUAAAUGAAAACGCUCUAAGAAGCUCAAAUUGAUCACUUCCAAGUAUAUGGCUGUGGUGAUUCAGUGGCCAUACAGGAUUGUUGUUAUGAGGCGGAUCAAUUUAUGAGCGGUGUUCAAAUUAUGGGCUCAAAUAUGAAGCAGUCUGAUAGGUAGUCUGAUCUGAUGAGUUCUUGAUACGAUCCUCUUGCUUGAAGGUAGGAAAAGGCUGAUUUCUCUGAGUAAUGUUUUCGUGUUAGAUUUGAGUCUGAGCUCAGGUGUGUCAUCUAAGGUGAGCAGACCUGGUCACUGUUGGAGUUAGAUAACAUGUUAAUUUCUCCUCAUUGACCUUACCUGCUACUUUCAAGCUCCAUUACAUUCAAGGAGUGAAGGAGAAAAAGCAGGUUUGCUGCUCUGAUUCAAUACUUAACUGUAAAAUCAUUCUUUCCUUGAAAAGGCACACCGUAAGUGCAGCUCUUUCUCGCUGCAUACAUGUCUAUACUCGCCGCAGUUCUGCCGGUUGUUCAGCUUGAGCAAUUGAUUUAUUAUUAAUGGCAGGUAUAGCUCCCUUGUUGCCUGCAGUUUUUCCUUGCCCCAAGAUACCAAUCCCACGAGUUGUGUGUCAAACAGAUGCAACUGAACCAUUAUUUGAAAGGUGAAAACAGACAUGAUUUAUUCAAGUACCUACAGAGUGGAGAUUAAACAUAAGAAACAACACAUAAUAUAAGUGUUAUGAUGAACUAGUACAUUGUGGGCCCUGUGGUGCUUUGCAUGCAAACUUUUCCAAAGUAAAGCAGUCAUGUGCAGGAUGAACCAUUGAUUUGAUUUUGAUGCCAGGCAUUGAACUCCUUCUAAAUCAUGGGGAGAAGCAUGUCAGGGAGCAGAUAAGGUCAAUAAAAAAUGCAGCUAAAGGUUUCAUCUGAUAUUGAUCUGUAUAUUUAACUCAUUAGUGCAUGAACUGCUUUAACCACGUAGUUUAAUCUUGACGUAUUAAUUGAUGACUGUAUUGUUUAACCCCAGCUCACUGGAUGUUUGCUUAGUUAAACGCUACAUCUGCACCAGUAAGAUAGUGGUUAAAAGCCAAUCAUCAUUCCUGACCAUAAAAUCCACAGAGCUAAAUCUACCUCAGUUAUUCUGAGUCAGCAAGCCAGACGCUGUUGGAGCUGCAUCCUGAUUUUAUUAUUAUUUUGCUCACAAGCUCAGCAAGCGAGCAGCGAGUGAUUUAGUAUGUGUUGCAAGGUGGAUAGUGGCCAACAUCAACUGACAAGAAGACACAAGGCCCUCUGCUUGUUUGUGUCAUUUAGCUGAAUACGAGUCACAGACGAGAUGAAUUUCUUUCAGGUUGCUUCACUUUCUUCUCUCCUGUCCCCUUCCACACCUGAAAUCUCAAUCUGUGGUGUUUUGAAAGGAGCUGCCCUUCCCUGAGUGCGUUUUGCCUUCAGUACAACAUGAAGAGCAGGUUUUUGCCCAUGGAGAGGGAUCGUCAGGACAGUAAUUAAUAAACGGUACAGCGCAACAAAGAGCAUUGUAGCCCACAGCUUAUCUUGGAUUUGAAGUGUAUGUUGUUGCAUUUAAAUGUGAUCCUGCUCAUCCUGGUUUGACAGACUUCUAUAGCUUGGUUGUAGGUGUGUGACCUCCUAAAUUGUAAAACAGUGAUAUAGUCUCUCUUGUCUCUAACGAUGUCUCCAGUUUGUUGAUUUUCACACUGACUUUAAUCAAAUUCUACGUACAAUCGCUGCUCUACCUUCUUUAACCUGGUUUUCAAACGUGUUUUUUUGAGCAGUCAUUUCCACUCCCUCCCUCUCUCUGCUGUAACUCCUCAUAGCCACGCCCUCCAUGCAUGUACCAGCAGCACUGGAGGCGAGUGAAAUAAAACAAAGACAGAGCCAGCAGAAAUGCCGGCAACAGCUAUAGAUCAGCUCAUAAUGAACCUCACAUCCCUUGCCUUGAUUUAACAGCGUGCGUUUAGCUCUCAGUUUGGUUUUUCUUUCUCUUUCCCUCCAGUUACUUCAUUUCUUUACCAAGUUUAUUCUUGCUGUUCAGCAGAGGCUUCCUCUCUGUGUUUCCCUUCAUUUUCGAACACAGUAGAGAUGGAGUAUUUUCAUGAAUAAGAAGAACCAUGUACUUUUUAAUAUGCAGCCUCCGUCACCCUCAGGUCUGCUUCUCUUAUUAGUGACCCACAGUAUGUGUGAAAAUACUGUGUACUUUGCACAGGACCCUGAACCCCACCUUUCCCUCAGGAAGUGUUUACACACACACACACACACACACAUUUGCUCCACAGCAGUACUGCACAAUAACACUUUUCCAAGGACACAAUGUUCACUGGAAGCACAGGCUGUACUGGGCAAAUUUACACUCUUGGAGCAGAGACAUUUAUGUUAAAUUCACAGUUCUAUGUGCAAAUAUCUAAUGUGGAGAAGGUACAGAUAUAAAAUCUCAACAAAUUAAAGGGAAUGCAUUACAGCUGCUUAAAAGAGAGUUCUGGUGAUAGUGAGGCUCUCCUGGGAGCCAAGGGAAAAUCAUGUUUUUCAUUUUUUCUUGUAAUUAAAAGUCAGAUUUACACGUAGGAUGCAGGGCAAAACAAGAAUUAUAAUAACAGUACUCCAUCAUAAGGGCAAAAGCCCUCUUUGGCAGCUCUGUAAUAAACCGGACCUUUAUGUCUAGAUGUAAUUGCUUUUAAAACAAAGUGAAAAUGUGCGUCCAGGUGUCUUUGGUGUUUUGAAAUUCAAUAUUUUAUAACCGAGCAGAAGUAUUAGCAUUUCAGGCUGCAGGCAAAUUGCAUAAAUUACAGAUAUGCAUAAAUGUAUUCAUUCAACAGAUGGGGUGUAUGAGCAGGCCUUUUAAAGGAGGAAAACAAAAAUGUAAGUGUAAUAGUGACCCAAUGUGACAUGAGCCCCGUGGGACUUUGCUUGCAGUUUUUCCCAAAAUAGGGCAGAAGGGCAGGAUGAACCCUGAACCAUCGCAUUAUUGUACAGCAGUAAUGAGUGCGAUGAAACUGAAAAGAAAGAAGGUCUCAUCCAUCAGAAAGUUUGAUUCCUGGUAGUGAUACUGGCCCUGGUCUCACUUGUAUGAAGAGUUGAAGCCAAAAGAGGAAUCUGAAUCUUGUUUCUGUGCCUGAGAUCCUCUCUGGUGGUGGAGCCUCAAGACUGGAAGGGGGAACUGGGAGGGACGCCAUGAAACUCAUCUGAAAACUCUGACAACAACAAUGUUCCUGUAAUAGAUCGUGUUGCAAUGAAGAAUAAUGCAGUGCAGAAGAAUCAACAAAGCGCAUCUAUCUAUCUGUAUGGGGUUAGGGAGUUAACAAAUCAGUCAUAUCAAUGAAGAAUCGACGUGUCCCUGUGGUGCUCUCAAAGUCAGUCAAGUUGAUUAACGGUGGAGAUGUUUCGAAACCAUCAUUCCUCACCUAUAAGGAGUCUGUCACCUAAUCUGGAGAACUGGUUCAUACCAAGGACUCCUCCAAUUCUAGCAUCAUGUAUCUUGAAUACACCUUCUUCUACUUCUUCUUCUUCAUUUGUUACGUUUAUUUACCUGAAAUCUGAUGAUAUUGUCGGGGCCAAAAUUUUGUCAGGAAAUUGAUUCAUUGUUGACAGAAUUUCAGUUUAGGUCUGUUAUAGUCGUGUCAGUAUCAGGUUAGCGCUACAUAAUGGCAAAUCUGUUAGCAUUUACAGCUCGCUGAGAUUGAAGAGAGUACGUUUGUGCACAUAGCCACAAGUGUCUACAUUUAUUGGUUUGAUUCUUACUUAAGAGUCUAUCUGUAGCUUCUUUUUGUGUUCUUGCUUUUUGCAUAUUUCAUAUAUAAGCAUCCAGUAUGCACCAGGUUCCGCUGUUGGACUUCGCUGGUUUUCAACAGAUGGUCUUUUUGGUAUGAGCUUCAAAACAAGUAAAAUAUGGUUUCUCAUUGUAUUCAUGUGGCAUUGACUCACCCUUUUAUUUAGUCUCCCACACACAAGCUCAGUGUUAUUUCAAGCUUGCCGCAGUUUUGUCUCUUGUAUGAUUUUCAGUCGUGGUUUCACUUGUGUGUGUUUUAAUUAAGACAGCGCUGAACGGUUAGUUAGAUAUGUAUGACUGCCUUUAGGGUUUGAAAUGCCUCUUUGUCUAAUCAUCAAGUUGUUCACUCUGUUCUUUACUUAAAAAACACAAGGGGCGUAUCCACCAAACCAUGGGGUCAGCAUGUCCUAUACUAUGUCGCUGUACACACAGACUAUUACACAACUACUCCAACUGAACCAUAUGUGAAACUGCACAGUACAUAAUAGUCACCUCCAGGGCAACACUAAAACUUUUUGCUUAGAAAAACAGUUUUUUAAAUGAUUAGUCACAUUUCAGUCUGUUCGGCUAUUUCCCUCUGCAAGUGGUUAGCAAAUAAACUUCUCUUAUUUUUCUUGUGGUUGCUGAUGUUCAUAAUGAUGGUAUUCAUAUGUUUUGAAAAGUGAGGUGGAAUAAUCUCACCUUGGCAACAGAAACAACUAUUCUAACUGCAGCGCAAAGUCAAUCGCACGCACACACACUCCAGCUCGAUGUAUUAGUACUGUUAUAGCGAGAAUAUAAGUUUUGGGCUUUUCUUUGUAUCUGCCCUGCUUACUCUGAAGGUAUCAAUCUGUCUGGAUACACUACCUACAUAUAAAGUCUACAGAGCACAGAAUUCACAUGAUCAUUUCUUUUUCUGAGUCUAAUUUUAUGUCCUGAUGUUUUGAAACUCAGGCUGCCCCCCUUCUUGUCUUUUGACUCACUUAAUUGCAUUAUUCGUCUGUCUCUUCACUCGAGUACCUCACUUCAUCUCCCAGCAGUCCUUCAGCUUUAGUGGCUUUGAAUGUUGCCCAGUCAUCUGACUGGAGUUAGCCUCUGCAACAGUCUGGGAUGGCAGCAGCGGCUGACCCACUCACACACCAAGAACAAUACCGCCUUUUUGCUGACUUAAGUAGACGAGCCCUUGAAGGGGCCGCAAUUUCUGAUUCUCUCUGUCAAGAGAGUGCUCCUCAAGGCAGACACACAAACAAGUGACAUAACAGAGCCUAUGUCCCUGCACUAGACUUCAUCAUCGUGGAGGAUCUGGAAAAACCUAAUCCAUUUCAGAUGCUUUGUUAGUUUCAGGAGAAGUGGCUGUAGAAAAGUAGCCACUGCACUUAGUGCAAUGCAAGCAAGUAACCUUUGUGUGAACUGUGGGGCACAAAAAUAGAUACGUUAACUUAAUCAUAUCACAAGUUCAAGCAUCUCAUGCAAGCAGAGUCACUCUGGAUUAAAAACCUACUGCAUUUAUCAGACUCUUUCCACUUUGGUGUAUUUGAACUCAAGUGUUGCAAGGGGUGAAAAAAGACUGAUUUCUUUACAAAAGGGUAUUGAACAAUGAAAGUUGUUGUGCAUGAAAGCCAUAGCUCAAAGUCAAGUAUAAUGACUAGUUUCAAUGCACAGUGCAGCUUAAAGCACAAAUAAGGUUACUAUAUCCAUGACAAGGUAAUACUAGGGCUUCAGUCAGUAUUAAAGACAGUCUGAAAACAUGAUCAGAAGGUGGUUUGAUAAUUUCAUUAACUCCGAUUUGUGUGUGUGUUUACCAUACAGAUGUGUUGAAUGAUGCUGAAAAAGCAACGCUAACUUUCUUUAUUUGUCUGUGUUUUGCAGCUCAGAAUGUCACGGUGGAGGAGAUCCUCUCUUCAUACAAACAAGCCUGUCAGAAACUCAACUGUAAGCCUAUACCCAAAGUGCUCAAACAGAUACAGGUGAGAUUUGACAACAACACAGUCUUAUGGUGAAUCCAUCACUAGCAAAUAUAUGAAAUUGUCAGUUUGAUAGUUACAAACUUAAUCGCAGUCCAAUAUGAAAGAAGUGUUAAUAUUAUAUAGUCAUCCUUGGUUUGGUUAGAAGAGAAACGUGUCAUAACAAUUCAAAAGCAUCUAAGAAUAAGGUCAUACAGGUGAACUGAAAUCCGCCUCUGCAUUAGAUCAAUUUGAAAGACCUUAAAUUACGUAAAUUACUAAAUUUUUUGUGUUUUCUUUCCUCCAACAUUGCUUUAACUGUAACUCCAUUAUUUGUUGUUGGAAAAAGAAAAUAUUAAUUUCACCCAAUUAGAAAGUCUUGGAUGAAGUAUUGAAUGAGAACCUCCAUUCUACUUGAAAUUAGGUUAUUUCCCACCUCUCGUGAGAAAUCAUAAUCCCCUGUUUAAUCCUUUGGCAGAGUUUGAAGCCACUACUCUUCAGCCUGCUGAACUCCUUUUUUGGUCCUUUUAUAUUCCAGUUUAGGGUUGCCAAUUUCCAUGUAAUGCUGUCGUCACCGCUUAUGUUGCUUUUGUGAUGCUGCUGCCAAAUACUUUUUGACGGGAAAAGCUUAACAUGAGGUCAGAUUUAUUUUUUCAAAAAUUUGUGCAAGCCCGAAGUUUCCAACAAAAGACCCUUCAACAAAAAUUACGAUUACAGUUACAUAGACAAGAACCUUCAACAGGGCUAGUAUUUGUAGGGUAAAAUCCCAGUAAUUUGUUGCUUUACUUAAUUGAAUCAAGUAACAAAUAUUAAAAUGAGACAAAAAUGCUAUCUCUUUAUGUGAAAGACUGGAGAUAGCACAAGCCAUAUCAGGGUACCAAUCUCUGUCAUAUAUACCACACAUCAUAGUGUACAUCCAUUUAAACAGUCCGUACAGUGGCUGCAUCUGUAGUAGAGUACAUCCUGUGCAACUCUGAAAUUGUAGGGGUAUAAAUCACUGCGAGUAUCACUGGGCAAUACAGCAUAUAGAACAGUAAAAGUGAGGAGAUUUUGGCAGCAUAGAGCUGCACUGGGCAGCCAGGAUCUGGAUUAGCUGGCUGAGAACAGUUUGGAAACCUGUUAGCUCCACCCAGAAUUCUUUCUAAAGUCUUGUUCAAGAGGUCAAACCAAAUUAGUUUCCAAGAAACACAUCCUGAACCUUUUCUUCUAGUGAUGAAAACACUUAAGAAAGUAUUUAAUGUGGUUUUAGAGCAAGACAUGACGCAGCGUGGUAUGACUCUGAGCGAGUACCGUGGUAGUUUCCAGUAAGGAUAGAGCCUGUCCUUUUCUUCCGUACUGGUUUUUACUCCCAGCAGGCAGACAGUUGUUUCAUGUCUUUUUUUUUCCCCCCUUCUCUUGUGGGUUAGCCAGCACAGUCAUGUGUCCUAUAAUCCCUCUGCAUAAGCAGUUCUUGAACCUAGUGGGGGAAGCCUCGGGGCAUUUUUUAUAUUUCUGAUGACCAUAUGAUUCGGUGCACAUUAACUUCUUCAAAUGUUUGUUUUGACUGUGUCCAUUUGGGAGAGAAAAAAUGUGUCGAACUCCUGACUUGAUGCUCUCAAGUUGUGAAUCAUUACCUACAUAUUAGCUGGUCCUAAUUACUCUCGAAAAACACCAAACUGCAGGAUGGUACAUGUAAUCAGCUACAGUAGAGUGGUAUAGUCGUGUUUUUUCACUUGCAGCAGCAAAGCCUGGUCGAGAUUAUUAUCCCUCAUUUAAAACGAAGUGCUGUGAAACGGUUAUGAAUGAUAGAGCAGAAAGCUUCAUUUGAAGGUGUAUUAAGACAUUCAUGCUUGUUCAAAUGAGACACUUGAAGAUGAAGACUCAGAGCUAUUGUUUGGCUCAACUAUUUCUGUGUCAUUACAGAGCAUAUGAAUGCCUGUGUUUGUGUGGGAACAUCCUGUCACCAAACUGAUCCCCUUCCUGUCAGAUUGACUGAACUGAUGGAGGAGCUGGCAGUGCCUCCUGCCUUAGCAGCAGGGACACAUUAGCACUUUCUCCUGUUUGUUCUGUCCCACCCUCCCGAGUGCACACACACACAUACACACACACAUAAACCCUUCACUGGGCCUCUCUAUUGGAGCUUAGCACAUAUGUACCUGCGGGUGCGGCUUCAUGUGUGGGUGAUGUAAAGUAAGCCACAGAUGGAAAUGGAUUUGCGAUGAAGACUCUGAAAAUAAAAAAAAAAUCACCACAUGCCUUGUCAGCAGAGAGAAAAAUGGAGUUAACAUCUCAGCUACAUGUAAAAAAGCACAUCACUCUGCAACACCACUGCUGUGAGCCUGGUUUAGUCUGACCGUCUGAGCACAUUUCCACCGGGGAGUACAUGAGGUUUCCAGCCAUCAAAAAGAUAUCCCACCUUUCUCCCAUUCUUCCCUCCCUCAUAUUCAGCUUUUUUCUUUGAUUGGCCGUGUUCGCAACGUCUGGCCUCGCUCCAUCCCUCCCUACCUCUGUGGUCUUUUGGUCCAAAUCCGCCCCCUCUCGUUUUUGCUUAGUCAUCCUCACAGUAACCAGCCACAUAAACAAGCCAGUCAGACCAAAUGACUGGCCAGUGAGGAGCUCAGCCUUUUUACUGUUUUUCCUCUUUCACUCUAAAUGCUUUCUUUAUUAAGUCCGACUGCACUGUACACGUGGCUGCCUGCCAGGGGCCCUAUAGGCUAUGUACUUCUCCAGCCAGUCAUUUGUGUGUGUGUGCGUGUGUGUUUUAUAAGGGUCACUAUUUAGCAGCUGCAUGUUGAAUGCCGGCUCCACAGUAACUCCCCCCGAAGUCUUGAGACCUGAACACUUGGUAGCCUUGUGUCACAUUUCUGCUGCUACAAUCCCGCAGGGACGAGCAUUUUCCCUAUUAUGCAAUGCCUUGCAUGAAGCCAGGGUACAGUAAAACUUAGAUACCCUGUGAUUUAGGGCUGGGCGAUAUGCCUCAAAUGAAUAUCACGAUAUAUUGAGCAGUUCACCUCGAUAACGAUAAAUGGAUGGUAACUACUCCACAAGCUGCUCACUCCCUACCACAUUAACUUCGUCUACUUCAGCCGCUACAACUUUUAAACCGUCCUCCAUCUCCUCACCUGUCUCCCUCUUUGUUAUGGACUGGAUGGGGUGGAGUCACGUCUCUGGCGUAGGACAGCGUCUUAAAGGGACAUGAGACCAUAGCCUACCUACACACCCAAACCAACUUUGAUUUGUUUAUUUUAUUUUAUUUUUUUGACUUUUUUUUUUUUUUUUUUUUUGAUACUGGUAUGGGCAAAAUGACGUUGGUUAUUGUCAUAAAUUUCGGUAUCGGUAAAUCUUCAGUUUGUCGCCCAGCCCUACUGUGAUUUCUACAGAGCUGCUUUUGUUUCGAAAAUCGAGCAAAUCUACUCCAGUGUAGUUCUAUUUGCAAAGUGGAUGUCCUGUGAACAUAAACUCUGCGUGUUUUACUCAGACACCCCACUUUAACCUAUCACUUGUCACUCAACAACAGUGGUAAGAAAAAUCAUCCUUUCAACAGACAGAGCUUGUUUUUCGUGAGCCGCACCAGCCAUCUGCCUGCACUGGAUGGGCCUUGGAAGUUGAAUAGAGGAAGAGGAAGAAAAAGGGAGAUAGAUAUAGACUGGGAGACAGGCAGACAGGGAUAAGUACAGAAGGUAACCAUAAAACAACAGUCUGUACAGACUCAUGGUUGAAAUCCCCCCAAAAAAGUCUUUUGGAUAGCAGGAAUGUGAUCCUCCUGAGUGACAUUGAUGGGAUUAAAUAUGUCCAUCGGCUGAGAUACUGAACAUUUUUCUCCCUGAACAAAUAUUCAAGAGGUUGUUAGUUUGGCUCUAUUUCAAGCCCAACAUGCCAUCUUUGAAAGGCCAGAUCUGAGCCAUCUUGGGUUGAACUGGAAUGAUACAAAAAGCAAAGGAGCUUCACAAGAAGGAUUGUGUAACUUUGGAGUUCUUUCAUGUGUUUCUAAUGUAUGUGACUGUGUCUAAAUUAAGUUUGAGGAAGCGCCUAACUAGUCCUACUCUCAAGGAAGUACUUUCUAAGCAGCGGGUUUGUUUUGUUUGCCCAGAUAUGUUGCUGGGUCACAGACCAUUCCUCUCUGGCACAGCUGCACAAAACUCAUCUAACUUAUGGAGAUACAAAAAUAGCUGUAUUCUGAUUUUGUCUCUAUUAGACUCGGCCAUAAGAUCCUUUCACAGGUGGCAGCUACAAGGUUUCCCCAACAUCUCAUAUUUUUCUGUCCUGUUUCCAGUCCAGAUGUCAAAUUUAAAUUGUUUUCUGACAAACUAGAAGGCUUGCAGGUAAUUUGACUGAAACACACUCUCGUCUAAUCCCGCUAAAAGAACAGUCCGAACAUACAGUGAAGAGAGUCAUCGCUGAAUUCAAUAACAUUAAAAAGGGGAUCAGUAGCUCAAUGCUGUCCCCCCACAACACACAUUCUCUCUCUCACUCACACACACACAAUCUGCCACUCAUGCAGAGGCACUCUUUGCGUCAUGCACUAUUUUUGGUCCUGGCAGCUCUUUCAGAGAGGUAUUUACACUGAUAAAGUCCUACUCACCGACAGGUGCCUCUGUUAAUUGUAGGUGAGAAUUGUCUUGCUCUCAACACCACCUGGAUGAUGACAAAGAGUUUCAGUUCUUUUCUCAAAAAUCUGAAUGUUUUUAAAGGUGUAAUUUUUAGAUUUUGGCAUUUGUCUGAUAAUUUAAUUUUUUGUGGAGUCAUUCAGAGGGCCAUGAAUAGCCAUGUGCAGCUCAACCACCAUCAGCACAUACACACGAGUGGCAUGAUGGCAGAGGUUAUGGAGUUUAUGCUGAAUGGGGCGAGUGGUCAGCUGGAGAGAGGGAUUUUCUGAUUGUCAGUUUAGAAGGUAGCGCUGUAUGUAUUGUCUGUGGUUGUAAUUCAGACUGGAGGUUUAAAAAGAGUCAGAAGUUCAGUGUUUUUCUUCAUUUUAAUACGUGAUAAUCGUGUCAAAUUACAUCACAGUGUUAUAAGGGUCAUGACAAAUCCUAAUGCCAAAAACAUACACAUUCCAGCAACAAACAAGCUGUAAUGUGCUUGAGUUUUGCCUUUAUAAAUAUGUUAUUUUCCAGAAAAGACUUUCUGAAGUAGUUAAAUUGUUAUUAAUGAAAAGUCUAAUUUAAGAUUUGAGACUCAAAAUGUAAAAAGCAAAGUUUUCUCUUACAAGUUAAUACAGAAACUCUGCUCUUACUGACACUGCUUCUUUUUGUCUCUGUAGGAACUGAAGGACCUGACACAGCGAAAUGAAUGCCUAGAUCUUAAAGGUGAGCACUGAAACACUCAGAGGCAUUUGCUUCUAGGAAUAAUUUUACUGAUUUCUCAGUUUAAUUACUUGCAUAGUGAUGUAAUUCCACCACUGUAGACAAAUGACCAGACAUCUGUGUGUCUCUUUUCAGGUGAGAAGCUAGACUACAAAGCAUGUGAAUCUCUGGAGGAGAUUUUGAAGAGAGUCCAGUUUAAAGUGAUAGACCUGGAGCAGACCAACCUGGAUGAAGAUGUAAGAAGAUCCUGCCUUUUAAAAUCUGUUUUCUCUCUCAUUCCCAUUUUUCAUCCCUCCACCUUUCAUCCUUGCUCACGCCCACUUUACUUUCUUACCGUCUGUCACUGCAAUUCCCUGCCUUCAGUCAAACUCUGAUCCUCUUUUUCACUCUUCCUGCACUAGCAGGAUGUGGAGUGUUUGUCAUGGGUUUUCUGAUUACUCCAGAUGUCUUCUUGUGUAAACACCAUUAGGGUCGUUUGGCUCCAGACACGCACACACAGAGACAGAGCUGCAGCGGAGGGCAGAAGGACACAGACCAUUUCCUGUCACACACACACACACAGCCCUGGGUACACUGCACAGUGUUGUAUCACACACGGACACAGACUCUUCUUUGAGCUGCAGUCAUUCAAGAGAUGUUUUUGCGAGUGGGCAGGGUCAUUUUUUAAUAACUGCAAAACUGGUUUAAUCCCUGCCUGUCAAAGCUAUCGGGAAUUUCCCCCUUUUAACUGCAGAAAUAAAUCAGGCACCAUUGUCCUUCUUUUUUUCACAUUGGAUGGAGAUGUUAAGAUUGUUGUAGUUCUGCAUUUAGGGACACUUUAGACGCUAUUGUCCCCUCUAAGCCUUGAGUUUAAUGUCUAAAGCAUUUUUAGCCUAUGAAAGUCAGUUUAGUACAAGUCUGCUUUGCAUCAAUUUCAUGCAGCUGCACAGGUACAACUGCAUUCAACAUUCAAAAGCAAACGACCUUCGCCACUGACAGCUGUUUGAAUAUAGUCGAAUGCGGAGUAUAUGAAGAGAGCUGAUGCACCUGUCUGAAUUGAUUAUGAAGCGACUCUGAGUAACAAUGAGCAGCUCUAUCUUAAAUGGACAAAACACGGUCAAAAUUUUUAAAGCUGUUUUUUUUUUUUUUUUUAAAUGAAACAGAUCCCUGCAAACUGGGGCAGAGUGUAUUUAUCCAUUCAGGCUCAAAUAAUUGUAACUGUUUAAUGGUUUUGCUUGAUAGCAGCAGGUGUUUCACAAGACUUGCUUCAUAAAUAGAGGGGAAAUAUCUGAGAGAAAUAGACUGUACACAUUCCUUGAAAGUGUAAAACAGGCGAUCUGAAGGUUAAACCACAAAGACAGUUGUUUGAUCAGAAACAGUAUUUGGAUGUAAUCAGUCCCACGUUGGUAUUAGAUCUACAUCAGCUGUAAUUGUGGUCGAAAUCAUGUGACUGCAUGCCUAUUUUCCAGCCAGUCAAAAGUUCAACAAACUCUUCCUUUUACUACUGACUGAGAAGAAAGAUGUCCAUGACAUAUAUGCUUUGCUAUGCCUAUCGUGCCUAAUUUGCAUGUUAGGGAGAAUAAUCUAAACAUCAGGUGUAUUAAACAGAACCUAUGAGUCAAAUGUUAUAAACAUGAUAAUACUGUCAUGAUUAACUCUCAGGUAAAACAGAUUUGACCUAGUUGUAUCCUGGACUACUGCAUCAGAACAAGUGUCACUUGAAACUUCUUACUCUGGGUUUGUUCUACAGUAUGAUGCUGUUUUUUUCCAUAUUAAAGUUUAGUAAAUAACAAUAAUAAUAAUAAUAAUAAUAAUAAUAAUAAUAAUAAUUAUUAUUAUUAUUAUUAUUAUUAUUAUUAUUAUUAUUGUUGUUGUUGUUGUUGUUAUUACAAUAAUGAUAAUAAUAAUAAUAACCAUUAUAAUAAUAAUAACAAUAAUAACAACAACAACAAAAUAAUAAUAAUAAUAAUAAUAAUAAUAAUAAUAAUAAUAAUAACCAUUAUAAUAAUAAAAACAAUAACAACAAUAAUAAAUAGAUAAUAAGGAAAAAUAAUCAGAGGUGAAGAUUAUAACAUUUCAUUGUUAUCCAUAUAAGUAGAUUGUAAGAUCUCUGUAACCCGAUAUGAGUUGUGUACUUUAAUGUUGUACAUGUAAUGAUAGAGUAUCAUGCAGGCUCGCCUAAAUGUACAUACAGACAACAGAAUACAAGAAGUAACAUCCAUGAAAAAUAUCGCCCCAACAUAUUCAACAGCUAUUUGUUUUGGAAAAUACACAAGUGCUCCAGACAGACGCAGAAACACAAAAGCCUCAUGUAAUCCAAACAAAAAUACAGAGUGACGUACGAACUCAUGAUUCAGUGAUUGAGUCACCAGAGUGCUGCAUCUCACAGAGUCAAGUGUCCCGCCUUGGGCUCAGAGAAAACCAGACGCCGAAAGGAGAAAAUAUUGAGGAAGUGUUGCUAGAAGAGAGGAACAUGGAGGAUAGUCAGAUUGAAAAGGAACUGAAAGGGGAAAUUAUAGUUGGAGUCAUCUUUUUGAAGUGUGUGAAAGAGUCGCAGAGCGGAUGGCUUGAUUUGGCAGAGGUUCAUAUCUGCAGCAGUGGCAUCUUGUUUGGGAGAUGAAAAAAGAAAAAGUACUUAUUGGAGAGGUGUUUCAAAAGAGCCUGAGGAGGAGCGGUAACAUGUGCCGGUUUUUUAAUGGGCUCAAUGUGACUCAUCUUCCCCCACCCUGUAGAUAAACACACGUGUGUAUUUUCAGUAAUGUCUCCCAGUGUACACAGCAACACAGCAGCAGCUUUUCAGACUUUCUUACGUCUGUGAUAACCACAAGUUGGAUUAAACUGUUUCUGAAUGGAAAACACACAAAGCUCUAUUUGUUAAAAUGCUGAUGACUUUUAUGUUAUGAAACUGAUUGGGGAAAAGCAGAUUAAGCUGUGGAACUCAUCUCUAGAGCCAUCAACAGAUUUACUGGGUCAGUUUUUUAGUAACGGAUAAAAAAGAUUCGCCAACCUAAAUAAAGCUGAGAUCAGCACACUCACCACAUCAGGUGACACUUUGACCCUUACCACAUCACCUGGCAUUUGACUGUAUUCCCUUAUCUGCUUCUUAACUGCACUGAUAGUGUUGCACAGCUAAAUUUUAUCUUUAUUUUUCUUACAGUUCUUCUUCACACUCAUUCGACCCUUUUAAUUCCAUUUUCAAGGCAUAUCCAGAUAUAACAAGGGUACAUUCACUAUCAGUUAAUUGUGAGAGAAAUUAUUUGAUUUUUGAUCAAUCGGCCUCAAAGAAGUGUUGAUCAGUCAGUUGACUAGACAACAAAUAGAAAUAUAUAUGUAUCUGAAUAUAAACUUGUGUAUUUCUGCUUUGAUGAAAGUUUUUCAGCAAAAUCCCUGAGUGCUUGAACUCAAGGAUUUCUGUGACGGGGAACUUUUCAUUGCAAGAGAAAUAAAAACAUCCUAUUUUGCUUUUAAAAUGACAUUUAUUUACUGACAUUCCUCAGUGAAAUAUUUGGUAGAAUAAUCAGAAACUGUGUGCGCCUACAUACCUAAAGAAAAUCAUUUCAAAUAACAAGGUUGAACCAAAACAAACCCAGUUCACUCUUAAUUCUGCAAGAUAGAAGCAGCAACGUUUUUCAUUUCACCUCUGUCACCCCUCUCCGAAAACCCUCAUGGAAACACCUCAGUAGGUCUCACCUAUCUUUUAUGGCUGUUACCAUGGCAACUCCAUCUGCCUUUCACUGUCUGUUGACAUCACUUAAAGGGUUUUGACACCCUGACCACCUUUACGAUCUGUCUUAACUGUUAGAGUUAUCUGAAAAAAAUAUGUUUAACAUAUGUGUGUGUGUUUGUCUCAUUGACUUUUUCUCUCCGCUCUUCUCAGGGAGCAUCAGCUCUGUUCGACAUGAUUGAGUACUAUGAGUCAGCCACACAUCUCAACAUCUCCUUCAACAAGCACAUCGGCACGCGGGGAUGGCAGGCUGCGGCUCACAUGAUGAGAAAGGUGAGAGGUUGUCCACCCCUGAUCACAGUGGAUAAUAAUAUCUGCAGAGAAAGCCAAGAAAAGGAUUCAGUGCGUGUAUUUAUGGAUUAGCAAAACACACCAUACCAAAGAAUAACAUAAAAAAGAGAUAUGAGCAUUGUUUUUGUGUGUGCAUAUUUAUACAAAUAUUUUGUUAGUCUGUGGCUGAGUCUGAGCUGUUCAGCACCACCGUCUUCUCUCGGCACUCAGACAUUCAGCUUUUCCGCACUCAUCCUUCUGAAGUCUUGUGGUGCCCUUUUAAAGUGUGCUCUUCAUCAGUCAGCACUCGUCAGUCUUAUAAAUAUGAAUAAGUUGCUCGGUAAACACAUAUAUCUAUCAACUUUUGAGCAAUAUUUGAGGAGGAACUCAAGAAUUAAGAUGUACAGGUUGUUUUGAACCGUAAGCCUCUAUUGAUUCAAUACAUUCAAACUAUUCUAGUCUUGUACAACAGACCUAUUGACUCGGCUGUCUCCUGUAGCAACAUGAGCUCAGAAAACAUUCAGUGUGUAAUUGAAAGUGUGAGAUUAUACAAGCGACAAAAAACAGCCGAAGGUAAAAUUCAAACAACUUUUAAAACGCUACUAUUUGCUUCUGUGCUUUAUGUGGCUCGUCUGAGUAUUUUCUGGUUUCCUGGCGGUGUUUCCACAGCCUGAUGCACUAAUCUGUCUGCAAAACCACCAAUUACCCUCCAGCUUUUAUUAACAUUGUGCUCAGUUUAAUUUGUAUAUUAAGUUCUAGUUCAUUACUCUCUGAACUGGCAGGAAAGGAAACAGACUUUCAAUUACAAUUACAAAUGUUAAAAGCACCGUUUAUAAGAGAUGUACCAACGACAAAGUCCUCUUCUUAUCACAACGAUGACUAUGUGAAAAACCUGAUGUGUCAUCCAAUUAGUGAGUGAAUCAAGAGGCAUCCCCUGUCUGCACUGAGAGCCUGAAGAUUAAUGAAGAGCUGCCAGGAGACACCAAACAAAUACUAACGACUGGAGAUUGUUUGUGCUGGACUCUAUCAAUAAAAAGUCUGAGCAGCUCAUUUAAAGAAAGCACAAUGAAUCUCAUUAGGAUGACACUUUGACGAGAGCGUGUCCUUGAGUCCCUGAAGGGAGGCCUGGGAUAAAUCAGUUAAACACUAACAUUGAUGCGAGGAGAUGAGGACAUGUCAUCUAUGUCGGUUACAUCAGCUCAUUUUGAAAAAAUGUUUAUAAAUACAGCUUAGAGACGCUAUUUUUAUCAUAAUACUGCCGCAGCUACAUUCAGCAAUAAUACAGCAAUACUCGCUGGCCUUUGUUAGAGUUUUUACCAUGCUCUCUUUGGUUAUUUUUGCCACAAUAAUAAUGACUUAUUUUUGCGCACUUUUGUUUAGCUGCCAUCUCUUUUUGUGCCUCCCCCCCUCAGACAAGCUCUCUGCAGUACCUGGAUGCACGCAACACCCCUCUGCUGGAUCAUUCUGCUCCCUUUGUUGCACGAGCGCUCAGGAUCAGCGGCAGCCUGGCAGUCCUCCACCUGGAGAAUGCUGGCCUGUCUGGCAGACCGCUCAUGUUACUGGGUAAGAAGGGGACAAAGGGAAGCCCUGCCCACAGCAUCUAAGUAUCAUAAUCUCUGAAUUCAGUCUUCUAUUUCUGACUACUGGGAGUCCUCUUGCACUCACCUUCCCCCUAUUGUUCCUUUUUUUUCGUUGCAGCUACGGCUCUGAAGAUGAAUAUGAACCUGCGGGAGUUGUACCUGGCAGAUAACAAGCUUAAUGGUCUGCAGGACUCGGCCCAACUUGGCAAUUUGCUAAAGUUUAACUACAACAUUCAGAUCCUGGACCUGCGCAAUAACCACAUCCUAGACUCAGGUACACAACAGAGAUGCAACACCAACAAAUACAGAAACACAAAAGUUGGAACAGUUUGGUAAAAAGAUUUGUUUGUUGAGCACAAACCUCAAACUCAGAUACAGUAAUAAUCGAAUGAUAUUUGAUUUACAAUUUAACAAGUAUACAUACUAAAGAAAGAUGUAUUAAUAUAGAUGUUCAAAGAAGUGGACCGAGCCUUUUAAUCUGAAUAGUGAAGAAAUUUUAUAACUUCUUGGACUUUUCCACGACUUCACACAGUAUUUGUUUACUUUAUGAUCGAUAAGUAGAUCCACACAGUACAUACGAAUAUGUUGCAAUGAAUUAAGACUGCUGCAGCUUACUGCAAACGUAGACAGAGGAUAAAAGGAGAUGCAGAACAGAGACGAACAACACCAACAGAACAAACAGACCCGUUAACUUUGGGAUCAGAUGACCUUAUGCUGUCUGUGUGUUUGCGGUUGCAGGUCUGGCCUAUGUGUGCGAAGGACUCAAAGAGCAGAGGAAAGGCCUUGUCACUUUGGUGCUAUGGAACAACCAGCUUACACACAAUGGCAUGGGAUACCUAGCUGCUGCACUGGUAAGCACACACACACAAGAAAGAACUAUCAAACUUCUCAGCAGUAUGUAAGAUCAUUUAUUUCAGCUUCACUUUUAUUCAUUAGUUUACUCAAAUGAUGCUGAAAUCAAAGUCCAGUUAGACAAGUAUUAUUUUGAGAAUUAGCCGCUCUGGAAAUGAACCAUAUUUACAUCUAUAUGCUAAAAACAUUCACUCACUUUAGUCAAAACUCCCAAUAUGCAGACCUUUUCCUUAUCCCCAGGUUUAUGUGGGCAGUUUUUGUCAUCUUUGAAAUCUCAUGCGUCAUGCUGGCAUUUUUACGCUGCAUGUUUCUUUAUUUAGACUGAAAAAACAGUCUGUGUAAGGAGAUUUACAUGCUUCGUAUUCAGAUGCAAUGACAUGUUAUACAACCAGCAGUCCCUCACUUUGCAUCUGACUUUGUCUUUUCAUAUCCCACACGCUGAGCAGAUGUUUUCCCCUCUCCGAUUUUGUGCGAAGUGUUUUGUCAUUACCACUGAAGACGGUUUCCCGACUGCUGUUUGGUGAUAAUGAACGAUUUUCAGGCUCGUUGUGUUCUUGCUGUUUAAAUGUGAACUGUGCUGAGUCAUUACAGCGUCCGCCUUGUCAAACCAAGAUAAACUUGUUCCUGCUGUGACAGUUUUACCAUUUCUGCACACAGCCCCUUCUUAAACGAACAGCUUGUGCAGACAGAAACAAUGCACAGGUAUUUCACCCUGAAGAUCAGAUAAGUUCAUUUGGAAACACUUUAUUUGACGCCUAUCUCUAUAACGUGUUAUAAAUUUAUGUAUAAUGCGUUAUAAUCAGGUUAUAGCACUGUAUAACUAUAGUUUUUAACUUCACUAAUAAAUGAUUAUAUGCUUUAUAGCAAUAAUUAUAACACAUUAUAAAGCAUUUUAUCAUGACUUACAAGGUCAGGUAUUAUUUGUGUUAUAACUGUUAACAACUCACUGACAAUGCCCACAUAGAUAAUGCAUUAUGCAUAUAUUUAUGUGUUAUAACUUGCUUAUAAACUUGUAUAAGUGUCAUUAUAAACACUCAUUAAUUAUCAUAAGGCUUUGUAACAAUAAGCUUAACACAUUGUAUUACCUGACCUUGUAAGUCAUGAUAAAAUGCUUUAUAAUGUGUUAUAAUUAUUGCUAUAAAGCAUUAUGAUCAUUUAUGAGUGUUUAUAACUAAAGUUAUACAGUGCUAUAAUGUGAUUAUUAUGCAUUAUACAUAUAUUUGUAAUGGGUUAUAGAGAUAGGCAUCAAGUAAAGUGUCAAACUGUAGUAAUAACAGAAUGGAGGCAGCUAUUAGAGAGGGUGUAAUUUAAAGGUUUCCGAAGAACUCAUAGAAAAUAUCACUCCUCUUUUCGGUGGAAACACAUGGUGCUAUUGCUUUCAGAUCAGUAGGAGAUGUUUUCUUUAUCUCUUCCAAGAAAUCUCUUUGAUGGUGUUUUUAUCAGAGGCUUCAAAGAUGUUACAGAACACACAGGAAUGGCUUUAAAGCUCCAAUCACACUGAUUAAAAAGUAAUCACAUGGCUGUCCUGGCUGCUGAUUCCCAACACUGGAGAUAAUCACAGAAUUCACAGGAUUAGCACAAUACUAAGAGACAGCCAUGCAGGACAUUUACCACAAGUAACGCAAGUAGAAGACGCCUAACUAAGCUCAAACAUAAUUGAAGGAUUAAGAAUCAUGAAAAUGCACAAGAUGAGUUUAUUUGUCUCAGGAGGUGUUAGUCUAGAAGGGUGGGGGUACUUUCCUACUUUUCUACCAUCUUUUGAGUAUCUCAAUUUAUAGUUGUUAGCUCUUGAAACCUUUAUUCCAGAUACUAGAUGUAGAUUAAAGCUGCCACAGCUAAGACAAACUCAUCUGUUUUAAUUCACUGUUGCUCAGAGCCCCUUCCUCUGUUUUUCUCUCCCUCUUAGCCAUGCACCCAGAGCCUUGAGACUCUCAACCUCGGCCACAACUCAGUCGGUAACGAAGGAGUUCACAAGCUCAAAGACGGACUAAUAGCCAACCGCUCUGUGCUCAGACUGGGCCUCGCUUCCACCAAACUAUCCUGCGAAGGUGAGAACUCGGCACCAGUUUGCCUUAUUCAUCUGUUUGUCAUGUUUCCGUUUUGACUUUUUCAUCUCCUGUGCUGUAGGAGCUGUGGCUGUGGCCGAGUUCAUCGCCGAGAGCCCCCGGCUGCUGCGUCUGGACCUCAGAGAAAACGAGAUCAAGACAGGCGGACUGAUGGCUCUGUCGCUGGCCUUAAAAGUCAACACCUCUCUGCUGCGUCUCGACCUGGACCGGGAACCAAAGAAAGAAACUGUGAGUAUGGAAACAGUGGAGAGAAAAGGGAUGGAGGAGAGGCAACAAAGGGACCAACAUAGAGUAAAUGUGAACUUGAGUGGGGUUUCUGCUGUUUAGGAAACUUUUUGUCAACAAAACCUGUUUGAGUCCAAAAACAUCAAAGAAUUGAUCCAAUUAAUACAGAUCAUAUAUACACACAUUUUUGUUAAUCUUAUUCUUCAUUUGAUGAUUAAUAACUCGUGUUUCACCAGUUUCACCCAUUGCAACUCGAUAUGUUAUUUAACUGUUUUUAAAGAGAAGAGAAGCAGCAAACUAAGACUGACCUUCUCUCCCAUCUUUGGUUUUGAUCCUUUUAUUGUAUUUUUUUUAAAUAAAUUCAUAAUGAUUGGAGCCUUGACUAUUUUUACUAUUUUUCAGGGAACUUUAUGCCUUUAUAAUGUAGCUGGCAGAUAGUAGAGGACAGGAAAUGAUAGGAGAAAGGACAUUUGGCUGCCCCCAGCUCAGCUAUUUAAAGAAAACUAUGUGAUAGAAUAAAACUGACUAAAGCAGCAGAGUUUAGAGGGCUACUGUUGUGACGCUGUUGUAGGAGAAGCUUUGAUUUGGUGAGUUUUUUUAGUAUUCUUCUGGUUUGUAUCGCAUGCUAAAGAUCUAUUGUUUGUCCUCAGGUGAAGAGCUUCAUCGAAACCCAGCGAGCCCUGCUGACCGAGAUACAGAACGGCUGCAAGAGAAACUUUAUCUUUGCAAAGGAGAAGGAAGAAACAGAGCAGAAGAUGAGGCAGUCUGCAUCUAUGGCUGAAAUCGCCACCGAGGACGGGACCAGAGAGGAACAGGAGGAGCCGGCAGCGGAGGAGAAAGACCAAACAAAGGCUAAAGAGGGAGGAGGAGAGGAAACUGCAGACAAUGCAGGACAGACAAGCAGCCAGUCAGGAGAGAGCUCUGACAGCGGUGUUCCCCAGAUGAACCUGGAGUCGGACUCAGACACUGAGGAUGAGGAGGAGGUGGUUACAAAGUCCUCUUCCCCAUCAGACUCCACUCACUCAAACCAGACUGCCCCUGAAAUCCAGAUAGCGGCUGUACAGCCCCUCCUCAGUGCCUCAAAUACAACCUCGCCCCUUCCACCUGGGGGUUCGAAUGUCAUUUCAGGCAUCACCAUCACAGAGUCCACGGCUCCUCCUGGCACCCCUCCAUCUCCUGGCCGCUGUAUAUCUGUCUCUAGUCCUGGGAGGGGCCAUAAAAUCUUCAUGGUAACCCGGGUGGAGAGCCCAUCUGAGCAGCAGCUACAGAAAAGUGCCCCGAAAGAGGCCUCAAAGAAGCCCCCACAGGUGAACACACCCCCGACACAGCCACCACCGUCAUCUCAAACACAAGUGACGCAGGAGGAUGUGAAGGAGAGCUCACCUGCUCUAUCUUUAGACUCUAAACUGACAGAGCAGAGUCCUGUAGCACACUUGGAGUCUGCACUAAAUACCACACUGACCCACACAGUAGAGCCCCAGUCAACCAGUCCACCCACUCAAGAUGUGACGGCUAGCACUUUAGACUCUGAGACGGCGGAUCCAAGUUUAACUCAGCCUUCAGAUUCUCUGUCUGUGGAGCUCACAGAGGAGACUAAAAGACCCCAAACUAAGCCCAUCUGUGUAGAAGAUAAGAAGCAAGAAGAGGAGGAAGACGAAAAGGUCAAGAUUCAGGUGAUGAUCUCUGAUAGCGCAGGAGAAGAGAGUCAACAGUUAGACAAACUCAACGCUAGUGUCGCUGCAGCAGAAACACAGCCGCCGCUGUUAGCAUCUGCUGAUGAACUGCUACAGAAUGAGCUAGCAUCUGCAUCAGAGGAGACCCAGUCUCUUAACCAAACAGAGGGAGAAGACGAGAAGUCAUCGCCACUGCAGGGAGAGCAGGAAACACCAGCCAACUUAGCAGGAACUGAAAAACCAAGUUUAACAGAGGAGGAGGGUAGCACACCAAGCCAAGAGGAGUCAAGUCCAAAGGAGCAAACUGAGGCAGAAAACCAGGAAGAAGAGCCUGUUCUGCCUGCGCACGCUGAUACACAAACACCAUCUGACACUCAAGAAGGUGCUGUGGAGUCUGUUCUCCAAGGAGGUGAAGUCUCAAAGAGUCCCGAACCUGCCCCCGACAAAGUGGAGGAUUCACCCGAUGAGAGCUCUGCCGAUGAGGACGAGUGUUUUUCCGAGACUCGUGAGGAAGAGGUGAUUGGCUCAGCUCUGCCCAACGGCUUAAAGCCGGAGUUCUCCCUCCAUCUACUCGAAGCUGAGAGCCCCAAACCCGGAAGCUGUGUGAUGGAGCACGGUGAGUUGUCGUCACUCUCUCAACUGAACUGAAAAUCAUCCACGCAGAGAAGUUUGUGGGUGUAAAAAUUCCUGCUUUUUGUGUCCUUCAUGUAGUGAGUGUCAGCUGUGGACAAGACCUGGAGGAACUGCUGCUAGAAGCUAGUUUGGAAACAGGAAGAGAUGGACCAUGAGGAGUAAGGUAAACCAAUGUCUCCAGCUAUUAACAAUAAAAAGAGCUCAAAUCAACCCCCAUGCUAUAUGAGUGUCUACAUUUAAAGGGAUAUUCUGGCGUAAAAUUAAUUUAGGGUCAAGCACACCGUAACACUGAGUUAGACACCCUCUCGAGAGAUGAAUGUUGCCGACCACUUGCUUACCAACUUUAGUAAUGACCGCACGAUAGCAAUACACAGCGGUCCCCAGAGCCACACACAAACCUCAACCAAAAUGCCACUCUAUAGCCACAAAUAAUGCUCAGAACAGCACCUAACUUCAUCAACAGUACAUAUAGGGUCCCAGCCACAGCACACCAGCCACCAAACAAAGAGACUAAACACAACUCACCUACUCUCUUCCAGCAGCCGCUUGUUUGUAGCGAGACCUCAGGCCAAUCUAUUACGGACUGCUGCGGGGUGAUGCAGAUCAAGAAAGAACAUUUAUGAUUGUUAAUGGAAAUGCAAUCAGACCGAGAAGCUAAGGCAGAAAAAACUACAGCAUCUACAGUGCAAAAUGAUUAUUUUUAUGAUUUUUGAUAUGAUAAAUGACAAAGAAAUUAUCAGAAUUGUUCUUCCUUGAGCUGUGUCACCCCGCUGUUGUCCGUGAUGGACUGGCCCAAGGUCUCGCUACCAACAAGCAGCUGCUGGAAGAGGGUAGGUGAGUUGUGUUUAGUCUGCUGUUAGGUGCUGUUCUGAGCAUUAUUUGUGGCUAUAGAGUGGCGUUUUGGUUGAGGUUCAUUUAUGGCUCCUCAGACCGCUGUGUAUUGCUAUCCUGCGGUUGUUACUAAAGUUGGUAUAACUAGAGAAGCAAGCGGUCUGAACAUUCAUCUCUCGAGGGGGUGUCCAACCCGGUGUUACAGUGUGUUUGACCCUAAAUGAAUUUCACGCCGGAAUAUCCCUUUAAGUCUAAUUUCUCUCUGUACUUCUGCAGGGACCGUGACGACAGAGAAAACAGCACUUGGAUAGUUUGUCUGGCCCUGCUACAUGACUGGUUACCCUCAGAUUUUUCGCCAUUUCUUUGACUUCACCACCAACACGAACUUUCUGAAAAGGACAGAAGAGGUGGGGCCACAGUGGAGGUUUUAAACACAAAUACACAAACAAAUCUUGGUAACACACAAAAAGGACAAAAUCAAGUUCAGGAUCUCAGCUGUGAUGAGAAUGAAUCCUCUGCAUCUACACUACAUCAACCACUGAAACACGUACAAACGCACACUAAGUAUGAGGAAGAGGGAAAAUGAAUAUGAAAUAAAUUCACCCUGUUAUCACUACAUUUUGUCAAUCUUAAAUCUUUACAAACAAGAGGUCGUCCCUGAACGAGGUGAAGAAGGAAUGGUGGACGAAAACACUAACCAAAGACAGAUCUUUCUCUGAGACCUGCUCCUUGCUUUCUUGUGUAGAUGUCCACUGUUGUUUGGGAAAUUCAAGGUAUGAAGGUUUUUAUCACAUCUACACACACACAAAGACAUAACGGUGAUUCUAAACAGAUUGGGUCGACGGCACAAUCCAGGAUAAUGGUGAUGGACUCGGCUGUGCUGUUUGAGUGGCAGUAGGUCACCGUCAGAGGCUUUUGUAUCAGAGGUGGAUCAGCUGAAGAUAUCAACAUGUCUGUUUAAAUGUGUCAUGUCUGUGUUCCCACUAUCCCCGCUUCAGAAAGAAAGAGCAUAAACUCUGAAUGGACCUCUGCCAAAGUGACCUCCCACUUCAAUGUUGUCUCACCCUCCGCUCACUUUGGCCCCUCAGGAAUCAUCACCCCUCUCCUUGUCGGUCUCCGCAGAUCUGACACAGAGGAGAAAGUGGCGUCACUUUGCUCCUCAAGCUAGAAAACCCCUGAAUGUUGGAAAGCAAGAUGUAUACUUCUGUGUGAGUUAUUUACUGUUUAAAAAAUCUGAAUUUCAUCCCCUGAUUUCUGCAACUUUAGACACUUUUGUUUCUUUUUUUGUGUGUUUAAGAGAAGCAGCUCUGUCGUCACCUCCCCUUCUUGUCUCUCAGUUUUCCACAUCUCACCUCCUCUGCGCCGUCUCAUCUUUCAUGUUGCCUUCAAAUGCACCUUCACAGAUUCAGUCUUUGCUGGGUUUUUUUCUUUUGGCUGCUUUAAAAAUCAAUUGUUUUGUAUUUAUUUUAUGAGACCUCCUCAUUUAUUUCCCUUUUUUUCCUAAUUUUAUCUCUUCAUUUCCAUUCUGGGGUUGCUUUCAAAGAUUAUCCCCUUUUUGAUGUAUAUUUCAGAUACAAAUAGAGCAAAUAUUUAGGGGGUUUUUUUCCAGAUGGGGGGGAUAAUCUGUAUUGGUUGGAAAUAAAUAUGAUGUAGUGGUUGAUUAUGGUAGAAUCAUGCAGGUGAAGAAAUGGAAACAGCAAACUUCACGGUCUUCACCCAAGUCCUCAGCUUUUGAACACUACUCUGCAGGGUGAAGCUGUGGCCACAAGGGGACGCUCAUGGCUGUGAUGGCUUUUCUAACCGAAGCAAAUCAUGAACAACACAAUGCAGGCGUCAUGUCUCUGUUGAAAUCCAUACCCUGUCCUGAGAUUUACUAUGAAAAGUCAGCUUCAUAUGUAAACAGGAUGAUUGGUUAUCCUGCUCUGGUUUAUUCCCCUGAAGCAAACAGAGACUUGUUUUUUCCCCCCGUUUCUUUUGAAAAGCUGCACCAUUCAACCCUUCUGCUCCUCUCCACCCAACAGAUAGUCUACCCCCACUGUUUGUUAUGCUUUAAUUUUUAGAAAUUUUUAAUGAUAAUUUGUUAACUUAAUUGAAAUGUGCUGGUAAUCACAAAGAUAUGUAUGGCAAAAUUAGUUCCUCUCAAAUAAAUGCAUGUAAUGACUAAUGCCAUGAGUGAAUGUUUCUAUUCAAAGUGUCUGAACUUGGUGGAUGGGUAUAAAAUAUGGAAAUAAAUCUGAUAAGAUCCAGUUUGGUUUUGAAUAGCAUGACACUCUUGUUAAAAGUGUACUCUAUAAAAUCCUGAGUGAAGAUGUUUGAAUCGAGAUAUCACUUCUCUUUUAAUGAAGUGCCCGAUAUUGUUCUUAAAACGAGGUUACGUUCACUUUGUGUUGAUCUAUAAUGGAAUAGGCAUCAAAUCCAGGGCUGCCAAGUCCUUUUGUAUUUUGCUCCUAAUAGAGCGCGACCAAACCCAAGGAAAUUACAGGGAUUAUACUUUCAAAUCUGAUCGCAGGUUCAUUUUAAAUGUCUUAACCCUGAUGUCUAAUGUGGAUGAUCAGCAGAUUGAUCAAAUACAAAGACGCUUCCUGUUAUUUAAGUUUUCAUCGAGGGGCUACAGUGAUGGUGUUACCAAACUAUGUAGCAAAACAAAGUUCAUGAGAACGUUUAUGAGAUAAUUUACUGAAAUCUGUUAAAAUUGGUGCCACGAGAUCACAAAAAAAUCAAAUCAUGUCACAUUAAGUUCUGUACAGAUUUUAUGGCAUUUCCUCUGAAAGCAGUGAGACAUGGAUUAGAUCAACUUUUAGGAAUUCCUCUAAACUUUUGCUGUUAUUACAGAUUAUUAUAAAAAAACCAAUGUCUACUAAAUACAUCAGAGAAAAACAAGUAAAACCCUCACACCCAUGUCUCUUGCAGUGAGGGUGUGUAGCAUUUGCAGGGCCUGGAGUUCAGGGUGGGAGCUGUACUGUAUGCGUGCUGAAGGAAUUCCAGACUGCACUAAUCCACUCCCACCAGAUAACACAGUACAGAGAGUGGAGACUGUGAGAGAGUCCGAAACUCUGCUACAGACAACCAAAAAGAGUCCAACAUUUUUGACUCCAGGGGUGUUUUGUCUUUCAAACUGAGGCUCCAAAAGCCAGUUUUACUAUCAGUAGAAGGGGUCCAUGCCUAUGUUCCCACAGCCUUAUGUUCCCACAUUUGAGAUUUAUCAAAUGGUGCAUGUUCUGCUACGACGACACCUCUGUGUAAAUACGUGUAGAAACUGUCUAUGGGUGUGAUGUCAUGUGUACAAAAUGGUUAGUGAACCGAGGUGGAAACAAUAUCCACGUAAAGGACAAUAAAAUCUAAAAUAUAGUCUUAUAUAUAUAUACACAGUGUAACUUAUACCCCGUAAGUAUCCGGUACGAUUUGGUGAACGAAUCUUUUGAACGAAUCUUUUCAGUGAACUGAUUCUAGUGAUUUAGUACAUCCAAAAGAACUGCCGUGCCCAUCAUGUGACAUAGUCACUAUCUUUACUGUAAAUUUGGUGUGCCAUCUCAUGCUCCCGAUUGGUUGCUCCGGCUUCUGUGCGACAGGCGGUAGGCUGCUGCUGUGGAGCUGGGUUUUCAAUUAAAGGAGGGAAAGUUAUGUCACCACCGCGCUGGGGGAACCCAUGACAUCCUCAUCCCAAACGGCCAUGUCACCAUAAAACUCAGAUCCUUUUUGUUAGUCGCUAGUUUUUCACAGUUAUUGUUAUUUACC